UUGUCUUGUCACCUGUGAGGACGCACGGAAGACUUUGUCACUUAGGGAGCCUUCAGGUGACCGUUUCAGCCAUUGCAUGACUGCACAAGCCUGACGCAUCUGCAGAGGACGAGACUGCGGCAAUGGAAAGUAUUUCCAAUGAAAGUGACUUUUGGCAAUUCAACGAAUCCUGGCGGAACUCAAGUCUCGUGAACGGGACCGGCUGGUCGAAUCAGACGAACCCUCUGAAGAGGAAUGAAGAGGUGGCGAAGGUGGAGGUGACUGUGCUCGCCCUGGUGCUGUUUCUGGCACUGGCGGGGAACCUGUGCGUCCUGCUGGCCAUCCACACCACCAAGCACAGCCAGUCCCGCAUGUAUUACUUCAUGAAGCACCUGAGCAUCGCCGAUCUAGUCGUGGCGAUAUUUCAAGUUCUCCCUCAACUUAUCUGGGACAUUACAUUUCGGUUCUAUGGACCGGACAUUUUGUGCAGGUUGGUGAAAUAUCUACAGGUCGUUGGGAUGUUCGCCUCCACUUACAUGUUAGUUUUGAUGUCCGUAGACAGGUGUUUGGCCAUUUGUCAGCCCCUUCGCUCUCUGCACAGGAGAAAAGACCGUUUCUAUGUCAUAUUUUCCUGGGUGCUGAGCCUGCUUUUCAGUAUCCCGCAGAUGUUCAUUUUUUCCCUGAGGGAGGUCGGCUCCGGAGUGUAUGACUGCUGGGGCGACUUCGUGAAGCCUUGGGGAGCCAAAGCGUAUAUCACCUGGAUCAGUCUCACCAUAUACAUCAUUCCGGUGGCAAUACUGAGCAUCUGCUACGGGCUGAUAAGCUUCAAAAUAUGGCAAAACUUUAAACUGAAGACGAGGCGGGAGCAGUGCAUAAGCCUGACGCCCAAAACCUCCAAAGGCAACACGCUGGCCCGCGUGAGCAGCGUGAAGCUCAUCUCCAAGGCGAAGAUCACCACGGUGAAAAUGACUUUUGUGAUCGUCGUGGCUUAUAUAGUCUGCUGGACCCCCUUUUUCUCUGUUCAGAUGUGGUCUGCGUGGGAUCCAGCAGCGCCGCGUGAGGCUAUGCCCUUCAUCAUCUCCAUGCUGCUGGCCAGCCUCAACAGCUGCUGUAACCCUUGGAUCUACAUGUGCUUCGCCGGGCAUCUGUUCCAGGAUCUUAGGCAGAACUUUCUGUGCUGCUCCGCUCGCUACCUCAAGUCAUCCCAGUGCCGCUGCGAGCAUGACUUUGACUCCAGUCACAAGAGCAACUCCUCAACCUUUGCCAUUAAGAGCACGAGCAGUCAGAGGAGCAUCACACAGACUUCCACCACAUGAACAUCCACCCUCCGUUCCCACCCUCAAGCUGCCCACCUGCCUGUCGCCAGAUGCCAUCGGCCGCAAGACAUCAAGCAGUUCAACUCGUUCAGAUACCUCCCGCCCUGAGGCUCGCUGUU